UAUGGCCGAACAUACAGAAGAAAGUUUACUUCUACAAGACGACUCUUUACCUGAUAAAAGCAGUGAUGGUGCUAACAGAUCUUCUUCUGAUAGGGACUUAAAUGACACGUUCUCUCUAUUCAAGUUGUACAUGGACGGGAAAAUGGAUAGCCUUGAAUCCAAGUUGGUACGUGAACAAGACGCGAUGUCCAAGAAGAUAAAAGAGGAAGUCUCUAUCAAGUUUAAGCACGAAGGAAACAGAAUUCAAUUUAAGUUUAACGAAGAAAUCGUGAACGAUCUCAAUAAGCUUUACAAGUCAAUACCGUCAACAGAGGCACAUAGUAUUCGUGUUGUUCUGGAUUUGCUGGAUAAAGUUAAAGGCCGUAAUAAGCUUAUAAGGAUUGCUGAUUCUUCCCCGGCAGGAUGGUCAACCGUCCGUGAGUACGAGUCCAAUGAUAUUGCUUCUGACAGUGAAGAUGAGAAGAAAAUUCGCCAGGCGGAGAGUCGAGCUAUGCGCACGAUGAAAGACAAGACAAAAGGACGUCCCGUUCCGUAUUCCAACAAACCCAGAUUGCCACCAGCCGAAACCUAUGCUAAUCCUACCUACAAUCAACAGUUUCAGAGACAGCCCUUUCGUAACAGCGCCGCACGGCGUGAGCCGUGCCAGUGGGACAUGUGCUUCUAUUGUAAGCAGUUCGGGCAUUGGAGAAAAAAUUGCCCCCUCAAAUCUGGAUCUGUUGGUGCCGGAUCGUCUUGGCUUGCCAAUCAAAAGUAAAUCUGCAGAUGCACCCAGAAAUACAUUUUCAAUGUUGGGAUAUGGCAAUCAUUGUCCAGCGAUAUUCAUCCUAGUAUGCCUGAUCAUCUUGUACAGAAGCUUCCAGAUUAUGUUCUAUCGUCGAGGGCGGACAGCACUAGAAAGAAGUACACUUAUGGAUUCAACUCUUGGUGUAAGUGUUCAAAAUUACAUUGCAUUUCUUCAUUACCAGCUUCUACUGCUCAUAUUGCAUUAUACUUAGUUCAUAUAUCAGAAACAUUCAACUCUACAAGUAAAAUAGAUGAGGCUGUAUAUGCGAUUUCUUGGGCACACAAGCUGGCCGGUUUUCCGAACCCUUGCAAUUCCGACUUGGUUAUUUCUGUUCGUGAAGGGUCAUACAGAAAAAUUGGACAUAAAAUUAAUAAAAAGGAACCUAUUACAGCUAACAUUUUAUCAAAAAUUGUUCAUUUAUAUGGUCAAGAUUGUAAUAAUCUUAAAGAUGUACGCAUUGCAUGCAUGUGCUUAUUAAGUUAUGCAGGAUUUUUAAGAUUUUCUGAAUUAGCUAAUUUGAAAAGAUCUAAUGUAACCUUUUUACCUACUCAUGUUAAGCUAUUUUUAGAACAGAGCAAAACUGAUGUUUACAGGAAAGGUCGUGAUGUAGUUAUUUCUAAAACUGGAAAUAAUACUUGUCCAGUGGCUAUGUUAGAACAUUAUAUGAAGUUAGCUCAAAUAGCAGAAAAUUCUGACGAAUUUGUAUUCAGGUCUUUAAGUUAUUGUAGUAAAAGUGGAACUUAUAAGUUAAGGAAAAAUUCACCACUUUCAUACACUAGAGCUAGAGAAGUAUUGUUGAAUGCAUUAGAAACCAUCGGUUUAGAUAAAAAAACAGUUCGGUCUUCACAGUUUACGUUCAGGUGGAGCAACCGCUGCAGCAGCAGCAGGGGUUGAAGAUCGUCUAUUUAAAAAACAUAGGCGAUGGAAAAGCGAAAAUGCUAAAGAUGGUUAUAUAAA